UGCAAAGGUCACCACAAAGGGAAAACCAUAAAGAUGCAUAAGGUUGCAUUGCAUUUUGUACCCGUUUCUGCUUUAGUCCAGAUCAGAAAGUCCUGUUCCACAGUACUCAGGAGGACCCCAUUGCAGCACGUCCUGGUACAAAGUCCUCAUACUUCUACGAAGAAUUCCAGUCUCAAGUCGCUUCUCCCUUUCUGACUACAGACUUACUCAGCACGAAGGUCACACAAGUAGUCUAUAAAUAGAUGAGAGCAUUUUUCUUGUUCACACACUCAUGCCAAGAGACUAUUUUUGUUUCGCAAGUUCUUCCCUUUAUUUUCCUGUUCCGUUGAAUCACAAUUCCUGCUCAGUUUCCCAUUAAUUUUUCCGUUUUCACAAGACAAGGUUAAUAGAUUGUUCCAGAUCGUUCGAGUUCCCAGACCAGUACACCCCAGAAAAAUGGAAGCAAAGGGAUCAGAAUGGUGGAGUGGGGAGACGGUGGCGGUGGUGACGGGAGCGAACAGAGGGAUAGGGCUGGAGAUCUGCAGGCAGCUCGCAGACAAAGGGCUGACCGUCAUCAUGACUGCUCGUAAGCCGCAGGAGCAGCUCUCAAGCUCUGCUAAACAGUUCCUGCAGGAUGCAGCAGAAUUGGGGAGGAAGAACGUCAUCUUCCACACUCUGGAUAUUGCUCAGGAGCAGAGUGUGCUGGAUUUCGUCGACUGGUUGAAACUCCAUGUUGGGAAUAUCGACAUUCUGGUAAACAAUGCCGCCAUUCAAACUGCUGAGAUUGAUUGGCUGUUCUUGAAACAGAACCAUGUUGACGUUAUAACCUUUCUGGGGACGCCCGACUGUGGACGUGUGACCUCAGAGUCACAUGAAUUGGCAAAGGAGUGCAUACAUACCAACUACCAUGGAACCAAGACGCUGACCAAUGCCUUACUCCCUCUGCUUCGCCCCACUCCUUACAAGGCCAGGAUUAUCAUGGUGUCUUCAGUUGCAGGACUGCUAUACUAUCUAAGGGAUGAAGAGUUGAAGAAGCAACUGUCAGAGGUAGAGGACUUGACAGAGCAGAAGAUCGAAGGGGUGUUGAACCUGUUCCUGGAGGACCUGAAGUCUGAGAAGGGCAUGGAGAAGUGGCCUCUUCAGCUGCCAGCUUACUCCACUUCCAAGGCUGCCAUGAACGCAUACACGAGGCUGUUGGCCAGCAAAUUGAAGGGCAUAGCUUGUGUGAACAGUGUGCACCCUGGGCUCGUGAGAACUGAUCUAUCGGAGUAUAAUGGCAACCUCUCCGCCCCUGAAGGAGCCGAGAACAUAGUGCGUGUUGCCCUCUUCCCUGUUGGUGGUCCUUCUGGACACAAUUUCUUGGAACGCGAGGACUCUGAGUUCUGAGAUCAUCCAAGUACAGCCCUACAAAGCAUAACAAAUUGCAUAUUGUGGCUAUAUUGACAACAUAAAUAAGUUUGUUUCUUUCUGUUAUGUCUUCGAACACUAGUGUUAUGUCGAUGAGUACGGUGGAAUAAAACUGCUCAUGAGAUCCAUGAUGCAGGCGCUGGCUUCAAGAUAUGAAACUGGGAUUCCAUGUCUUUUUCUUAUUUGGGCUUCUUGUAAUUGACAAUUGAAUUAUAAACGCUUAUAUCUGG